GGCAGUGUAGACAUGGCGGGGCUAGGGUGUGGGAGUUUUGGGCUCAGUAAUAAUGUGACGCAAAAUAAAUCUUAUAUUCAUGUGAAGUUGACGGAUUCUGCGUUUAGAGCGAUAGAGGAUUACAUAAGGAUAAAGAAAUGGCGUGGAUCAGACAGAGCAGCCCCUCAUCUCACUCAGGCGUAUCCUCAACUUAAAAACACUACCGCGAGUCCAAAGAUUUCCUUCCGAGGAAACGAAGGGGAAAUCGAGAUCCCUGGGCGCAACAAUGGAGGAUCCAAGUUCGCCUUCUCUCUGCAGAGCGUCCAAGAUCCCGAUGGGCCACAGGGCAGCUUCGAGUUCAUCAAGCAGUUUGGCACCAGAGAAUUGGAGUCUCUUGGACCCAUGGUAGGCAAAGUUAUGGUCCAAGCCAAGGAUGAUUCAUACGAAAAGACUCGACUGAGCAUGGAGAAUGCUAAGAUUAAGAAUCAAAUGAACUGUGUUAAGGAAGUAAAGGCAAAUGCCAGCAACCCCUUUGUUCGAACGCGAUCAUUUCCGGCUAAGAAGUCAUCAACUUUGGUAGUUCCACCACCAAAGAAAGAAGUCGUAGCUGAAUUGCCCUCUAACAACAGAUACACUCAGAACACAUCUAGUUCACCACACAGAACGCAUUCUGGUGGAACAGCAGGGAACAACCCACCUGCUGGUAAACCACCACCACCACCUCCACCCAGUAAUGUUACUGCCAAGAAGAAUAACCCUGAGCUAUUUAGAAGACCUCUUAGAGAGAGAAUCAUACAACUUCUGGCUGUGAAGAAUUACAGGAAGCCUGAGAUAUUAAAUAGAUUAUAUAAUGAUGGGGUAAAGGAGAAAGACAAGCGUCUUGUGACAAGUGUUCUAAACAGCGUGUCUCAAGUUAAAGAGAAUAUCCAUCAUCUUUCACGUCAUGCCUGGACUGAAGUGAAAGAAGAUUGGCCCUUCUAUACUGAAGAGGAAAAGGAAAUUGUUAAAAGACUAAAGCCACAGACUUUAACUCCACCUAGCGGUGAUAGUGGUCAGUCCCCAACUUCUACACUCCCUUUGUCCCCAUCUUCAAGCUCACAUGGUGUCAAACGCCCUCAUGAGGAACCACUGGAUCCUACAGUCAAAAGGCCUCGAGGUUCACGAUGGACUGGUACAAAAUCCAGAAGAGAGAGUUCUCGAAAUGAAACCAGAUCUAACACUAAUGAAGAACCCAUUAUUCAUUCUGAUAACAAGCCAAAUGUACUAAAUUCUUGCUCAAACAGCAAACAGGUGAGCAAUGGAAGACAUCACCACCAAGAUGAUCGACCUCAGAUAAAUGGCACCACUAGUCCAAGUAGGAAGCCAUCUUCCACAUCACCCAUCAGUCAAGGUUCACCACGUCAUCGCCUCAAUGGCAUACACUCUCAUCACACCUCAGGAAACCAUUCACCCAUUAAUGGUGUGACCAAUGGCCUAACUAAUGGCCAUGGUAAUCCAUACCACAGGACGAAUGGGCAUACCAGAUUGGAACCUUCAACACCGAAUUCGUCUCCAGAUAGUCAUCACGGGGGGGAGGACACGGAAUCAGAUUACCAAAAGAAUUACACAACCAUUGUGUCAGUAGAACAACGAAGUCAAUAUAAAGCAGACUUCAAUAAACAGUAUCAGGAGUACCUACUGUUGCACGGUUUCAUUCAAGAACGUACCCAACCAUUUACUAACCUUGAGGAGCGGCUCAGGAAUGAAACCCUUGGUUCUGAUGAAUAUAAUACAAUACGUGCCCAAAUCCUUUCCAAGUAUGAAGCCACCCAGCAAGACCAUGAAUUCCAACAGAAGAAGAAGCGGUACACUUACCUACACGAAAAGUUGGCACAUAUCAAGAAGUUGGUGCGAGAGUAUGAUGCUACGCACUCCUAGCACCGGUUACCCACCCUCGCACCACCUCGCCGGCACCCAGCUCGCCUGCCCCGCAAAGUCCCAAAAAGGGGGAAGAAUCUGUAGUGGUUACCAAACUGUGCCUCAGCUUUUUAAUACGGUAUCCCUUACAGAAGAAAAAUACAGAAAAUAUUUAACCACAACAAGUGAGAGGAUUUGAGUGACUUCAAAUUAUAGAAGAGGAAAAUAUUAUACGUGUUGCUGGAAAUAUUUCCUGUUUAAAGGAUGAAUUUUUCAGUUAGUCAAAAAAUAUGAUAUAUGUGACUUAUCUUAAUUCAAUCCACUGAAAAUUAAACUCCUCUUAGCCAAUACAGUAUUUGAAGAAAUGUAUUUCCCCCACUGCAAUUAAGAAAAUGGGUUGGGUGCAGCAAGCAUAUAUUUGUGGGUGGUUUAUACGCGGUGUAUGUGUGUGCGAGAGCAGUGGUGUGCCAAGAGACGAGGAUGACACCUGCCUUUACCUUGGUGUGUUCUCAAGUGCUUUCUCCUCCUCCUCCCCCCAUCCCAUACUUCCAGCUGUGUUCUCCCUAAUGUGCUUUGCCCAAGGUGAGUUUCACACAUGACAAAAAAAUGGUGGUAUUGUGGGUGUAUGGUGUGGUAAUUGUCCUUACCACAUAUAGACAAUAAACUCUUAAGGAGGGGUGACAGACCCAACUAGUACCAUUUGUUGUGGUAAUAGUUAUCGAGGAGAAUGAACAGGAAAAGAUUCUUAAAAUCAUACACUUAUGCCAGACCUGCCAAUUGUUGUAUAAAGUGAACAGUGGAUAAUAUUGAAUAUAUUGUAUAAAGUGUAAAGGUAUUCUAUUUUAUUAGAGUACUCCAGCAUCUAUGGACAAGGGUUUUAAGCCCUUUCUUCCAUAGACUUAGUAUGAAUGUAUAUUUUAUAUCAUUCCAUGAGGAGAUCAAUGCCCCAAAUGUGUGGAUAGUGCUUCAAUAUGAUUGGUUUUGGAAUAUGCCAAGUUAGAAGUGUCAUUAUAUGUCAUACAUGACAUAAGAGUUAUAUACUUGUGAUACCACGCAGCACUUAUUUUAGUGCCGACUUGGAUACCUCUUCGUGUUGUUAGAAAGUAGUGAGCGAUCUAUAUUGUUCUUGUCAGGGCAAGUGGUGGUUAUCUCAUUAAUGGCAGAGAGUCAAGGUGACUCUAGCCUUUCGCUCAAUGGGUCAGGCCUUGUGUCCUUGCUUGGUUAAGCCCACUAGACCAAUUCUUAAGCCCAUUUCACAACUCCUUUACCCGCUUGCCCCUCUAAUGGAGGAGAGUUGGGAAAAUAAGUCCCCAAAAUGUCUAUCCUCACUUCAAAGGCAAAGUUUGGAAGUAGCACUAUGAUAGGCACCAGACUACACAAUUUGACUGUGACUUGUGACUGGAUGAAACAAGCAACUUGUCAUUACAACCAAAAAGACAGUGAUUACUUUCAUUACUCAGUAGCUGGAUGGGGUAGUGUGAGUUGUGUGCCACCGCAAUUGUCAUAGGAGUAAUAGAAGCCUGUAGUAGAGUCUGAAGAAAUUAUUCGCUGUUAUAAUGUUUGAAGGAUUCCAGCCAGUUUAAUUUAAUGUAUUUUUUUUAUUUUUUGCACUUCACUAAUGUUUAGUUUCUUAUUGGGUUAAUAGUGGAGUGUCAUUGGUAUAUUAUGAAACACUUCUUCAGUUUAACUAAAGUCCUUUUGCUUUAACCUUUGACACCCAGCUUGAUAAAUACUGGAUUAAAGGAUCAGUCUGUGAAGGGCAUUGAGCCUGUGUGUCGUCGUGGUUCAUGUAUAGAGCUGGCUCUUCCGUCAUGUUGGGGUACUAACUAAUCUUUUUCACCUGGGUGGUGCCACCCUUUAAACACUGAGAUACCAUGUAAUACAAUGCCACUGCAAACACUGAGAUUCAGUGUAAUACAGUAUUUCCUACAAUUUGGUUAUUCAGCAGAAAAUUCAACUUUAAAAUGUUUUGGUUCGAUAAGUAGAUGGUUGGCAUUCGCAUACAGUAUUAUUGGGUUAAGAAAAAUGUUGAUCUGGAAUUGGAUACCUUUUCUUGAUAAAUAAUUGAUACGUUGUUAAUUAAAUUUUAACAUUUAAAGGUGUUGCAUUACAAGGCAAUUCCUCCUUUCUGAAGCUUUUUCCUUUUCUCCAUCCAAAACUUUUAUGUCCAACAGAUAAGUUAUAUAAACCUAGUGAAUGCACAGGUAAUACAUAUUGCCUGUGAUAAGCAACUGGUGCCUGUGAAGAUUUGUUAGCCACCUCUAUGAGUGUGUCUUAAGAAUGUCUGUGAUUUAUUUCCAUGGUUGUGUUGAUAGCAUAACUGUAAUACUGUGUUCCACAGAAACAUUGUAGAUCUGCAUCAUCAUAAUGUUAGAGUAUGUGGAUGCAGGUACGUGCGUUUGGCUCCAUAGUUUAUCAUAAAAACACGACACAUCACAGUACAGUACAUCAACUAGUGGCUUCAGCUCCAUAUUGCAGUUCCUACCUAUGUUGUUUGUCUUUGUGCCAGUCAUGCAAAGAUCCGCUGUGUGUAUAAUUAUCAUACUUACGCAUAGUUCAGUGAAUGGCUUAUAAACAUUCCAGAUUUCUUUUUCCUAAGCCCAAAUUGUUAUUUAUACUUAGUUUGUGGUUUAUUUAAAUUGUUGCAAAUAAUAAAAUAUUAAUAUUAAAUAGGUUGUGUAAAGUACCAUGUUUGCUAUGUUGUCAUAGCAUAAGCGUUAUUAAUAUGCAAAGGAACUAUGAGUUUUACUUUAAUUAACUCAAAUAAUUCAGAAUAUUUGUCGUAAGAGUAAAAAUGAGGGCCUAAGAAGGUAAACUGAUGGUACUAACAUUGUUUAGUUUGUACCUUUAUCGUGCACUUCUGAGGAAUAAUUACCACGUGUUAGCAUAGUUUAUGAAUGACUGGUAAUUGAAAAAAAUAUUUAUGGGUUGUGUAUUUGGGGGGGGGGGGGGGCGAGAGGUAGUGCAUUUCUGUUGUUCGUGGGGCAACAUCUAGCUCCUGGGCUACAUUGCCUAGCUGUUAGUAGUCUGAUGCAACUGCUCUUGAACUUCUAAUGCUUUUUAUUUUAUUUUACUGAUUUCUUUUAUUUAAUUCUUCCUUCCUUCCUUAUAAGAAAUGGUCAGUCACGUUUAAAACUUCCUCUCAUCUUUUGUAUGUGCAUCACCACCUUAAAAUGAAGAUUUGGUGCAAGCAGAUUGUUCACACAUUGAUAGACCACAGCUUUAUUGACUGAACCCACUCACUUAGUCUUUAUCUCUUACAGUGAUUAGAAAUAGUUUGUGAAACUUGCUUCUGUAAGGGAGGGUGGGGGGGGGAGGUGUGAGUGUCAUGCAGUUAGUAUGGAGUAGGGGAGUAGUACUACUACUGAAACCCUCUCCAGGUAUGGUUAAGCACAGUGUGACAGGUGAGCAGCCAGGUGUGUUGAUACCCGCGAGGGUCAAACACAAGGUGACAGGUGAGGUGUGUGUGUGUGUGUGUGUGUGUGUGUGUGUGUGUGGGGGGGGGGGGGGGG